UGGAAAUUUAGCGUUUUCGCAUGCGCCAUCUCAACAUUGCUAGUGUUCGCCGUGAAUCUCGCGGCGACGAUUUGGGCCAUCUCCCGUCACGGGUUUGGAGGAGCUGAAGGACGCCAAACACUGUAUGAAGGCAACUGCGUCACUGCUGGCAAACUGAACACUGGAAUACAUUUCGUAAUCAACACUCUAAGUACAAUAUUGCUCGGCUCUAGCAAUUACUGCAUGCAGUGUCUAUCAGCACCAACGAGGAAAGAAGUUGACAUAGCGCACUCGAAGCGAAAGUGGUUGGACAUUGGGGUUCUUAGCACACGGAACCUCCGGGGAAUCGCCACAAAAAGAGUUGUGUUCUGGUGGCUGCUUGGAAUUUCGUCGUUGCCUCUCCACUUAUUUAUUCUCUUCGAUUGGGAACAACAAGUACUAUGCCAUACCAGUGACAAAGGCUUUUGCGGACUCAGCUCCGACGGAUGCAUUUUUCGCUUGAGGGAGCUGAAAGCCAAUGGCGAACUGGAACAACUGGAUAAUCUUGCAUGCAUUAAUGCAUACAGUCGCCAAUUCCAAACAAGGGGUAGCGUGCUCGUUGUGACCCAGAACACCAGUAUCCCGGCAGUCCUCCGGUCUAAAUUUGGUUCCCCCGAAACAGACGCACAGUGGGUAUGUUCCGAAAUUGCCUCUAUGUCCUGUGACAUCUCCCCCGGAAUAGGGAGUCUGAGGGCAAAUUCGUCAAGCUGGAAACCCUUCGGUGUCGAACAGAGCAUUGCCUACUGCCUGAGUGAGCGGGUUCCGGAACAGUGCAAAGUCCAGUCAAGCCUCUAUCUUGCAAUUGUGGUCAUCGUCCUGAAUCUGAUCAAAGCAUUUGUAAUGUUCAGUCUUGCGGUAGGGGUGAAAGAGAUGCCAUUGAUGACUAUUGGGGACGCAAUUGCAUCCUUUUUGUGCCGACCUGACCCGUCAUCCGAAUCAAUGUGCUUGAUUUCAAAAAAAGACAUCAAAAGAGGGAAGAACUCAUGGCUGAAGGGUCCGAUGCCGUUCAAGUCCAGGCGUCGAAGACUGUUCGCAGCCGCUAGCAAGACAAGGUUGUCUUUGUGCAUGUUCAUCAAUAAUGUUCACAUUUACAGGUACCUCGUCAUUCUAGGCAUAGUCGGCUGGCUUCUAUCUCUUGCCAUCCAGGAAGUCAUAGGUCUGGGUGGGGAUCUGCAGACUAUCCGACAGCUAGGCCUCGGAAAGGUCCAAACUAUGACAAUCUUAGGGCUUCUCGGCGUUCCUAACAAAGGUGCUGCUGGCCUAAUAGUAAACGCCAUCAUCGCAAAUUCGCCACAGCCCAUUUUAUCCUUCAUGUACUUCUCGUACAACGGAUUAUUCACGUCGUUUAGUGGAGUUAUGGAAUGGGGAUCGUACAGUCGUCGUCGAAAGGCGCUUCGGGUAUCCGAUACUCCCUAUGGGGAGCAGCGUUGCACAUACUUUCUCCAACUACCGUACCGGAUCGCGCUUCCGCUUAUGGCAUUCUCAGGAUUACUGCAUUGGCUCCUUUCCCAGUCGAUUUUCUUGGUCAACGUGCAAACCUACACAUACAGUUCGGUGUCCAAGAGUUGGAGAGACCCCAGCGGUUCGAACGACGUGUUGUCUUGUGGGUACUCCCCUCUCGGUAUUAUCCUUGUCCUAGGAGCUGAGAUUGUCAUGAUACUCGCCCUGAUCGUUACGGGAUCACUCCGCUUUAAAACAGAUACACCUGUUGUUGGAAGCUGCAGUAUUGCGAUAGCAGCGGCAUGUCAUGUCCCGGCAGAGGAAGACGACCCCGAUACAUAUAUUUCGAAAGUCCAAUGGGGUGUGACGGGAAACGAUGCCAACGGAGUUGGGCAUUGUUCAUUCUCGAGGUGGCCUGUAACCCCUCCGGAAGACGGGAUGUUGUAUCAAUGA